AUGUUUUCUUUUCUCAAUCCCAAUAUAGCCAUUUUUACAAAAUACUCUUGUCGGAUGGCCGUAGUUUAUUUCGUAAAAUUCCGUUUGUUUUCUCUCUUUUUCUCUGUUUCUAUCUAUCUGUCUACCUCUCUCUGUCUCUGCAUAUCUAUCUAUCUAUCUAUCUAUCUAUCUAUCUAUCUAUCUAUCUAUCUAUCUAUCUUUUGUGACACUUAUAGUGCACAUCUCUCUCUCUCUCUCUCUCUCUCUCUCUCUCUCUCUCUCCCCUCUCUCUUUAUAACCACCCACCCACCAUCUUUUCUUUUCCCUACACCCACCAUCCCAACCCCGGUAAUUGGCGGAUUAAUGCCAUUCAUUUCUCUUCGCAACUUCCGCUUUUAUGUGCCCUCCAUUUUGUUUCUUCGUUCUCCGCUUUAUUUAGACCUGCUUUCCCUCAACCUCCACCGCCACCGUGACAUAUGUGCCUCGCACAUUUACAACAAUCGAGGCGAGUGGCUAUUGCUUUGUUGUGUUUCUUUUCUCACAUUUUACUCUUGUGAAUGCUUCUUUGUAUUUCUCCCCAUGCGUGCUUCUGAGGAUUAUUGGCAAUUUGUAAUCUCCAGGUCUUCUCUCUGUACGUACGUGCGUCUAUGCCCGAUCGUUCAAUAA